AUGGAGAGCAUAAUACACGAGGACUCGCCCCUCGCGGCGUACUUAGAGGGAGAAGGGCACGGCGCACCGGAGUGGGCGGAACCCCACGAAGCCUCCGAAACGGACUCGCCUGAACGGCAGUCGUUUGCCCCCUCAGGACCUUCUAAACUAUCUACGAGGAUACGGAAUAAGCUUCCCCAGCCUAUACGGAUACACCUGACGGGUCAGAGCACGCUUGGGAGGAUACACACCGCCUGUUCGCGGGCGAUAAAUUCACGGCUCGGUCGAGCAGACAACGUCCGGUUCUUGGAACACUUCCGCUAUAUCAUCGUUGCGUCGCAGCUAUUGAGCGAGCACCCGGGACACACCUCCCUUAAGGCACCGAAUCCGCACACCAAUAGUAGCCAUGGCAUACCAGCCGCUGACUUUAGAGAUGCGUCGACGAAUGUCGGUGGUGCGGCUGCUACGGCCGUGGCUGCUUUUGCCUUGGUAUGGUUGCUGAACUGGGCGCGUGCCGGCAGGCAGUCAGGAUUCAGCAAGGGGAGACUUUCGCUGGUGCUGGCCGUCUUCGUUGUUGUGGCCACCAUUGGAUAUAGCUACCUGAGGCGGCAGUGGCUGCAGUAUGUCCGGCAGCAGGCCGUUAACACCGCGUCAACGCUCAUGGCGAAUCUGCAUGCCUUUGACGCGUCAACUUCGACUGCCCUGACCCUGAUUCAAGAAGUCGAGCUUGUAUCGCGCGGCUACCGAUUGAGUACACCUUUACCGCCGAUCACUCGACUGGAUGAAAAGGGCCAAAGCCGCCGAUGUGCUCGCCUGCGUCGGAACAUACGAAGCGCCUUCGCUGCCACAGUCCCUUCGCUGAGCGAAGAGUGCGGCAAUGUGCGCCGUCUAAUUGCAGAAGACGAUCUGGAGCGUUAUCUAGAAGUCUACGACAUCACAAACCCCGACCUGCACGAGGCGUCCCUAGGCUACUCAGACUCCGAAUUCGACGACCUCGAAUCCCUCAAGACCCUACGCAUACUCCAAUACCGCUUCAGCACGCUCAGACGAGUCUUUCUUUGUUCUUUGCUAUCGCUGGAGGCUGAUGGCGGAUCACCUGACUUCGCGCGCUGGUCCUCCGCGGUGGAGUCUAUAGUCAAGAUCUCUGCGCUAAGUGCCGAGUGGAGCGAGAAGAUCAACAGCGUCCUGAACGAGGAAGAACAAUUUACCGUGCCACCAACGCCGAAGGCGCCUGUUACGCCAGGCCGCCAACGUCUCCGCGCACAAGUCCGCAAGCUCAGCGCCCUGUCGCAGGGCAUCAAGGGCCUGCAGGCCAAAAUGCAGAUUCUGCGCGAAGAGUCGGCCCGGAGCCUCGAGGAGUCUGAAGAUAUCUCUGAUCUCGGCGCGAGCCUGAUGGCGCAGUAUGAAUCCAUCGGCGCAGACCUAAAGAGCCUAAUGCAGGCAUGGGAAAGCGGAAAGGCUUCUCUGGCGCUCAACAUCGACCGCCGCGAGCGACGCGUAUCCCAGGCCUCAAGUGGCCUGCGCUCGCCGGUGCCGAGUCUGGGCGGCCUGACGGUUGUGGAUGAGGGCAGUCCGUCCGAUGCGCUGCGCGCGCUCAAUGGAGAGGUGCCGGAGCACUCUGGCCCAUCGAGCACGUCGGGUAGUGCAUCUGACGAGGAAAUUUUCGAGGCGAUUGCCAUCCCACGACAACGGAAUAGACUGUCCAUGACGCGAGAAGAACGCAUGGCGAAGAUGCACGAGGACCAAGCUCGGCAGGCUUCUUUCCGCGAGCAGAGAGAGGCCAACACGAACAUGCUUAAGGAGCUGGAGUCGGUCAUCAAUCUGCGGCCGAAUCGGCAGGCGAUGGGGCGAGUGACGUCGAUAUGA